GGUGCUGUCUUGACACAAAGCCGCGGUUUUCGCUUGGGUGGCUUUAAGCACCGCUUGGCUCCGCACCUCUUGAAGAGCCGGCGAGGCAAUGUGGGCACGCCGGCUAGGCCGGGCGGCGCCGGCUCUGGCCGGGCUCGGGCUGAUGGAGCAUUUGGAGCUGAAGCCCAGGUCCCUGGCGCGCUGCGCCGUUCCGAGUGCACCGGACGGCGCGACAUCGCUGUCGGUGUGUACUUACAAUCUGCUAUGCCCGACCUAUGCGCUGAAGUGGAAGGAGCAGCAGGGUCUCCAUGCGGAGGGGACCUCGAACUGGUCUGUGCGAUGGCCGGUGAUGAAGGACAUCAUCUUGCGGGGGAACUUCGAUGUCUUGUGCCUCCAAGAGGUUGAGAGCACCGAGGCCGACGCGAGCCUCGGACUUGGGGCCAGACUACGUCACGCGCUACUUCAAGCAUCCGCCCAAACGACCGCCUGACGGUGUGAUGAUAGCUGUGAAGAAAAGCUGCUGCAAGGCGGCGCCGAGCUGGUCGGAGCACGACUACAAAGGCUUCGUGAUCUUUGGAGGUGCGGAGUUCCAGCACCACAGCGGCGCUCGGGUGAGGGUGGCCAACGGCCACAUGCGAGGCUUCAACCAGGAGCAGCUCCGCGAGUUCGGCGCCUUCGGCACCUCCGGGACCUGGGACUUGCAGAUCUUGACCGCUGACUUCAACGAGGACUUUCAGACCGAGUCGGGCGUGCGAUGCCCCUUUCCGGAGGAGUACACGACUCUGAGGCGUCCAGCGGAUCUUCCGCAGGUGUCCAGGCCGCCCAACAAGCAGGAAGCCGGGCAAAGCUCCGGCAAAGGCAAGAUUGACUACAUUUGGGUCCGCGACACGCAGGACAAGCCGCAGCUGUUCUUCGACGAAGCUUCGAAGAGAGCCAUCAUCGAAUCCCACAGAAACUGCGAAGAGACCGGGGAGUGGCCGAGUGAUCAUGGCUGUGAAGCUUGCAGCAUCCGACUCUCGCCGAAGCCUUGGUGGCAAUUCUGGAAAUGAGGUGAGUCUGGAAGAGUCUGGGACGAGGUUGGGUGAAUCCACCCAGUCUAGGUCCCCCUGUAGUGCCCAUCCUCACCCGCUUUUGGGGGAGGGUUCCCC